UGGAUGGCGUUCGAAGUGUCUUUUCAGACCCAGAUGUCAGUGAAAGAUUUUGGUCUCAGUGUGUCUGUAGCGUCAAGAAAGUUUUUGAGUGACGUGGCCGAGAUAUGGUCCGGAAAAAGAAUCCACCACUGAGAAAUCUUGUGAGCCAAGGCGAAAGUGAGAAUUGCCAGGUCUCUCAGCCAGUAAGUGCCGUGAACCAGGAGUCUGCCGAAAGCUCCGGACUCCGGGAUCCCAUGCAGGAACACAGCAACCAGCAAGAUGCAUUCGAGUUAGUCAACAAGGAGGAACAUUGUCUGCGUGUCACAGACGUCGCCGGCAUCAAAAGGGACUUGAAAAGCCCCGCAGUGGGCGAAGGGAAUGGCUUUAAUUAUGAAAGCCACAAGAAGGGAGGAAAUGUUCCAUCCUUCCCGCAAGAUGAGGUGACAGACAGAAAUAUGUCUGCUCUCUCAUCUCAGGCUGCUGGUAGAGUCUGUGAGGCCUGGAAGUCUCCUUGCAGAUCAGAACCAGAUGAUGGCGAUGGCAGGAGCCGCAAUGUGUCUGGAACCCUCUCGGAUUUAAACCACAGAGCUCAAACAUCACCCAAAAGUGGGCGGGAGAAGGGGCAGCUGCUACAGGGUGAGCCACCUGAACGUCCCAACUCCAGGCCGGGCUCGGUGCCUUCAGAAAACUCUCAGGUGCUUUCAGAAGCGGGUGUUGCACUUGAUCAGACAAAGACAGAGGAGCUGACUGACAGCUCAGACGCAGCGCCCCUGACUCCCGAGCUGCAAGACUUCAAAUGCAACAUUUGUGGUUAUGGCUAUUAUGGCAACGACCCAACCGAUUUGAUCAAGCAUUUCCGCAAAUAUCACCUGGGUCUGCACAACCGCACCCGCCAAGAUGCGGACCUGGACACCAAAAUUCUCGCAUUACAUAACAUGGUGCAGUUCUCCCAGUCCAAAGACUUGCAGAAACUGAGCCGAAACACAGGCUUGCUUACUGGGAUGUUACAGGACCUGAGUACUCAGCGACCCGCCAUGUUAAAUGGGACCUAUGAUGUACAUGUUACUUUGGGAGGAAUGUUCAUUGGCAUCGGACGCAAAACCCCAGACUGCCAAGGGAACACCAAGUAUUUCCGGUGCAAGUUCUGCAAUUUCACUUACAUGGGCAGCUCUUCGACGGAACUGGAACAGCACUUCGUGUCAGCGCAUCCCAACAAAAUGAAAAGUGUGCCUUCUGUUCCCGAGGCUGGGAAAGAUGCGACCAAACCGGAGAAAGCCACCAGCAAAGGCAGUCCAGCAACAGAACGCCACCUACCACGUCCCGUAGACCCAGAGGACGUGGGCAAAUGGCAGGACAAGGUCACCAUCAAGGCCACGGAUGACACCCCCAUUGGCUACUCCGUGCCCAUUAAGUCGGUGGAUACCAGCUCCAAACAGAACGGCAUGGACUCUACCUGUUACUUCUGGUGUCGGUUUUGCAGCUUCAGCUGUGAGUCCUCAGACACCUUAAAACUCACGGAUCACUAUAACAAACUGCACGGGGAGAACCAGCGCCCUGGCUACUUUAACCGAGACCUUCCGGACAAAGCUAGCAAACAGGGAGUCGCACUUGACUCCCCGAAAGAGCGCGCCCCUCUCAGUAAACCCGACGGCGAGCUCUCGGCGCAGGCAGAGAAAGGCGCAAGUUCAGCCCGAAAGAAAGACAAGGCAGCGGAGGAGAGCGUGGUCACCAGCUAUAACUGUCAGUUGUGCAAAUUCAGGUAUUCCACCAGUCAUGGGCCGGACGUGAUCGCUGUGGGACCCCUGCUCCGACACUACCAUUACAUUCACAACGUCCAUAAGUGCACAAUUAAACACUGCCAGUACUGUCCUGGGGGGCUGUGUGGCCCUGAGAAACACCUGGGGGACAUCACCUACCCGUUCGCUUGCAGGAAGAGUAAUUGCUCCCACUGCACCCUGUUGCUCUUGCAUUCGUCCCACGGGGUGGGAGGGAGUGCCAGGGUAAAACACCAGUGCGACCAGUGCUCCUUCACAGUUCAGGAUGUAGAUACACUGCUGCAGCAUUACGAGACAAUGCACAGCAGCAGCAGCAGCCCAACCAAGGCUGAGAAUGGCCAACAGGGAAGUGAUGGCCCGGGCACCAGCGAAGACACUGAAGAGCACUGCUGUACCAAAUGCGACUUUGUGACUCAAGUAGAGGAAGAGAUUUUUCGACACUACAGGAGGGCUCAUAAUUGCUACAAGUGCCGUCAGUGUAAGUGGAGCGCCCCAGGCACUCAGGCGUUGCUGGAGCAUUUCAACACGGCGCACUGUGUGCUCCAGGAGGCAGUGAGCAGCAGUAACAGCACCAGCGGCGGAGAGUCUCCACCCCCCCCACCUCCUCCUCCUCCUCCUCCUCUUCCUGGUUCCAUCGACCAGGAGAUGCGGAAUCAGCGCCCCCCAACCCCGAGUGAUAGCAACAGCAGUGGCCAUCCCCUGCCUGCCCCAGCUCCAGCCGAGGAGGAGGGCCGAGGCGGGGCCGAGCCCUCCAAGGAAGACACCAAGAAGCCAGGCUGGGGCGUCAAGGAGAGCACCGGGGAGCUUCACAAAGGGGGCCCGUACCCGGCGACACAGGCCGCCACCAGGCUCCACACCGCCUCCCCCGGCAGGGCUCCGGAAGAAGUGGACUCCGGGCGGCCCGUCUAUGGGAUGCAGACCGCAGACUCCAAGGGCUUUCUAGCUGGAGGAGGAGGAGGAGGUGGUGAAAGGGACAAACCCCGGGCUCUCACUCCACAGUAUCCAACAUCUACUGAACUCAACAAGGCGAGGGAGGAGUCACAGACUCUACUGCGGAGACGAAGAGGUUCUGGAGUCUUCUGUGCCAACUGCCUGACCACAAAGACCUCUCUUUGGCGAAAGAAUGCAAACGGUGGAUAUGUAUGUAACGCAUGUGGCCUGUACCAGAAGCUGCAUUCGACUCCAAGGCCUUUAAAUAUUAUAAAGCAGAGUAAUGGGGAGCAGAUCAUUCGUAGACGGACAAGGAAGCGUCUUAACCCUGAAGUGCUGCAGCCAGAACAGGUCAAUAAACAGCAGAGAGUAAGCAAUGAGGAGCAGCUGAAUGACAGCUCACUAGAAAGGAAAACAGAGGAGCUCUCGUCUGAGGGUCAGCACCGGGAACAGCAACAGCAGCCUAAUCUGAGCAAACUUGACAUAUAUGGUUCAGUAAACAAGCCACAUCAGGGACAGACCACAUUGGUGGUUGGCCAGACUGUAGACCUUCAUCGAAGAAUGCAGCCCCUGCACGUUCAAGUCAAGAGCCCUCAGGAAAGCAGUGCAGACCCAGGAAAUUGUUUGUCUGUUUCAGAUGGGAAAGGAAGUUCAGAACGAGGAAGUCCUAUUGAAAAAUACCUUAGACCUACAAAGCAUCCAAAUUACUCACCUCCAGGAAGCCCUAUUGAAAAAUACCAGUAUCCUUUGUUUGGAUUUCAGUUUGUGCAUAGUGAUUUACAAAAUGAAGCUGAUUGGUUGAGGUUCUGGAGUAAAUAUAAAUUGUCUGUCGCUGGGAAUCCACACUAUCAUGUGUCUGGCCUACCAAAUCCUUGCCAAAACUUUGUGCCUUAUCCUGCCUUUAACCUGCCUCCGACUUUCUCAUCCCUUGGGUCUGACAAUGACAUUCCUUUGGAUCUGGCAACGAAACAUUCCAGAUCAGGACCAGCUGCAAAUGGUGCUGCAAAGGACAAAGUUAAUGCAUCGGUCACCACGACGGAGGAGAGCGUGGAAAAUGCGGUAAAAACUCCGGACAAAGUUGACCGAGGCACACAAGAUGAAUCACUGACAAAGUGUGUUCAUUGCAGCAUUCUGUUUAUGGAUGAAGUGAUGUAUGCAUUGCAUAUGAGUUGUCAUGGUGAAAGUGGACCUUUCCAGUGUAGCAUAUGCCAGCAUUUCUGUACAGACAAGUAUGACUUUAUGACACACAUUCAGAGGGGCCUGCAUAGAAGUGUGCAAUCUGAUAAAAAUUGCAAACCUAAAGAAUAGAACUUUUAGUCCUGUAACACAAUGAGUACAUGUUGCAUUUUAGAAUUUGGGAGAACAAUCAGAAUAUUAUUUUUCUAAAAAAGAGUAAAUGUAAAACAUUUGAAAAUGAUGGUGCCUGACACAUUGUAUAAUUUUUUCUAUAAAGUAUGCAACAAAAAUAUUGCAUUAUGCUUUAGAGUCAGAAUGCUGAUUCUUUUCUAGCUGUUUACAUGUGCAAAUGUAGCAAAAGAAGUAAUGAAGCACCUAUUUCUAUUUCAUUAGAUUUUUUUUUCUUUCACUAGUAGCCCUGAAUACCAACAUGAAAUAAAUAAGGUUGUUGCUAUUGCAAAGUAUGGAUGAAAAGUAGCUGAACAUAUUUUCAUGCUUAAAUAGGGGGAAAAGAGGGUAGCACUAUGCAUUCCACUUAAUGAAUAUUAAUGUACCUUGUGUUAUCUAUCAAAGCUCUUAAUUCAUAUUGUUAAGCUUGAAAAGACUAUAUGCACAUUUGUUAAUUGCUUUUCAAUAUUAUGUUUCAAGUGAAACAGUUUGAAAGUUCUUGGUUCUUAUCAAGUGAUGUUGGAAUCGCUGUUUACUGUUGACUUAGUUUAUUGCAUUUUCCAGUAGCAUCCUACAUCAGUCUUAUAAUGAAAAACAAUCUUGUUUCAGUGCAGAGGCAGUGUUUCCAGGAACUGUAAACAAUUCAAUAUUUCUGAGAAUCUGAAAAUGAAUCAUAAUUUUUACAGUUUCUUUCUGGUUUCCAAACCCCUCAAUUGUUCGAUUUCUUUUUUUUAAAAAAAAAUCUCGACCCUGAGGAAAACAAAAGGAACCACUGCCUCAGUCUUUUAAACAAUUGGGACGUGUCCCUGACUUUCAUCAUGCAUGUAAUUUUGUGAUGUUUGUUUCUUUGUUUUAUCACACCUACACAUUCUUUCUGUAUCUUCCAUGAAAAUUAUUUCAGACAGAAAUAAGGUUAUUUACAUCUAAACUUGAAUAAUAAAGUUUUACCAAAAGUA